AUGAAAGCAGCUGCAAUCGUUUCUGCGAUCGUUCUCCUCAGUCAACUCGUUCAAGGAAGCCCUCAAACGGUAUCUUCAACAAGUAAAUAUCUGAAAAACGAAGACCCUAUUGCUGUGCAGCGCAUUCUGGACAAUAUCGGUCCUAACCUUGGCGCAAAGGCUGGAAUCGUCGUUGCUUCUCCUAGCACUGAAGACCCCAAUUACUUCUACACAUGGACGCGCGAUGGUGCAUUGACAAUGAAGUCUUUGGUGGAGCGACUCAUCGCUGAAAACGAUGUCAGUCUCAUUCCUACCAUCGAGAAUUACAUUAAGGUUCAACUGACUUUGCAGCACAUUGAUAACCUUUCUGGUAACUUUAGUGACCUCAGUGGCCUUGGAGAACCCAAGUUCAUGGUUAAUGCAACUGAAUUUACUGGUGACUGGGGUAGACCCCAGCGUGAUGGUCCCGCUUUGCGUGCCACUGCACUCGUUGCAUAUGGCAAGUACGCUCAGAAACAUAAUAACAAAAAGUUCGUUACUGAAAGCCUUUGGCCCGUGCUCAAGAAUGAUCUGGAUUAUGUAACCAAAUAUUGGAAUCUGACCGGAUUCGAUCUUUGGGAAGAAACUAGCGGCUCAAGUUUCUUCACUAUCAGUGCGUCCCAUCGUGCCUUGUUCGAAGGUUUCUCUUUCGCCUCAUCUUUAGGUCACGGUAACAGCUCAUACCUGACCCAAGCUAAGAAUAUUUUGUGUUAUCUCCAAUCUUUCUGGGAUUCUGAUGCCAACGUCAUCAAUGCUGAUAUCGCCAACGGUAAGUUGCUACGAGAUCUCGACAGUGGAACCACCGUUGGUAUCAUCCAUGGAUUCGAUUCUGAAGCUGGAUGCGAUAGCACCACUUUCCAGCCCUGUUCAGAUAGAGCUUUGGCUCAUCAUUAUGCUUUGGUUAAUUCUUUCCGUAACUAUUACCCUGUCAACAAUGGAAAAUCUAGCAACGAAGCAGUUGCUCUUGGUCGAUACAUCCACGACGUUUAUUACAAUGGAAAUCCAUGGUAUUUGACCACUUUGGCAGCCGCUGAACAGCUUUAUGACGCGAUUUACGUUUGGAAGAAACAAGGACGGCUUGAAAUUACUACAAUCUCCGAGAGUUUCUUCAAUCAAUUUGGUUCAGUCUCUGUUGGAACAUACAAGUCCAGCUCAUCCACUUACAAAAAGAUCGUCUCCGCUGUGUCAACUUAUGCUGAUGGAUUCGUUGACAUGGUAGCCAAGUACACUCCAGCUGAUGGACGUUUGCACGAACAAUUCUCAGGAUGGAACGGCACUUCUGUCAGCGCUAAGGAUCUUACCUGGUCAUAUGCCUCUUUGAUGACCGCAAAGGCUGCAAGAGAUGGCAAAGUUCCUGAUUCCUGGGGAGCUAAAAAAGUCAGCGCUCCAAAGGGCAAGUGCAGUCCUGGACCUGUACACGUUGUUUCCAACGAUAUCAUCAGUGUAAAAUUCGUAGCCACCGACUCUGAAUUGACCGGCUUUGGCUCGACAUCGAUUUACGUUGUCGGAAGUAUUCCUGAACUCGGCUCAUGGUCAACCAGCGCAGCCAUUCUCUUGCAAGGUGAACCUGAUACAUACGGAGUCUAUUCUGCGACUAUCAAAUUACCUCCCAGCACAAGCUUUGAGUACAAGUACAUCGAAAAGUUGAACUGCCCGCAAGCUGCAGUUGAAUGGGAAGACUACCCUGGUGGUGGUAACCGAGAGGGAACAACCCCAAAAUCAGGAUCCCUUACCUUGCCCACUGCAACUUUUGAACAUUCAGAUUCUUAA